AUGGGAGAUUCUCUAAUGGUAAGGUUCUGGUAUCAAAUGUCAGAAGGAGCCAACAUGUCUAUAUAUAUCCGGACUACAGCUGGGAACACGAAAAGAAUUGCCACCCUCACCACACCAGCCAACAGAGUCUGGGCUAAGCUGGAGAUCCCUGUGGCGCCCAGUACAACAGAAACCAUACUACCUUUCCAGAUUAUUCUCCAGAGCACUGUGUUGGCAAUACCCAAUGCAUUUAUUGCAAUUGAUGAUGUGAGUUUAACUCCAGGUUGUACUGUAUCUAACUCAAUGGUCUCAAAUUUCAUCACAGAAUACAAAGCUUCCACAUGUAACUUUGAAGAGGAUAGCUGUGGUUGGUUUGAGAAUGUUCUUAAUGAUAACUUUGACUGGAUCAGAAACUCGAGCAGUGCUUUGCCUUCAGAUGUCAAGGUUCAGGCCCCAACUCGAGAUCAUACCACCAACACUGCUGACGGACACUUCAUGUUUAUUCUGAUGAUCAAAAGCAACAUUUUUCAGACUGCGGAACUGACCAGCCCUACGUUCACUCAGUCAGGAACUGGAUGUACCAUGUCCUUCUGGUAUUAUAAUUAUGGACAGGCAGUGGGAGCAGCAAAAAUGUUCCUGGAGGUUGAUGGUGUGAGGAGUAAUACUGUCGUGUGGUGGACCUACAACACUCAAAGCAAUCAAUGGCUCCAAGGCUUUGUCCAGCUUGGGCGUCUAACACAACCUUUCCGUCUUAAAUUGGUGAAAGUCAGCCUGGGCAUUUACAAUGGUGUGGCAGCAGUGGAUGACAUUGUGUUUGCCAACUGCUCCCUCCCACCAGCUGUAGAGAAAUGUGAAGGCACAGAGUGGUUUUGGUGUGAACAAACCCGAGCUUGUAUUGAACGAUUACAAGUAUGCGACCUUGUGGAUGAUUGUGGUGAUGGUUCUGAUGAAAACAACUGUGCACAAGAACUACUCUGUAAUUUUGAAAAUGAAUUUUGCAACUGGCAGCAAGCCAAGGAUGAUGAUUUUGACUGGACAAGAAAUAAGGGACAAACCUCAACACUCAACACUGGGCCAUCAAAGGACCACACAUUAGGGACAGCAGAAGGCCACUACCUUUACAUUGAAGCAUCUGACCAACAGUUCGGAAAUACAGCUACACUCCUCAGUCCAAUCCUGGAUGCCACCCGCAAUCACGCCAACAAGACCUGUAUCUUCCGCUUCCAUUAUCACAUGUUUGGAAAACAGAUUUUUAAACUGGCAGUGCAUAAAAGAACCUACAGAAAUACAAAGGGGGAACAACUUUGGGUAAAAUAUGGCCAGCAUGGUGACAGAUGGCUGAAGGAGACUCUAUUUAUCGACAGUACUCAACCAUUCCAGAUAUUAGUGGAAGGCACUGUAGGAGAUAAUUUAGGAGGAGAUAUUGGAAUUGAUGACCUUUCCUUCAUGAAUUGCAAUCUUUAUAGUGGUGAUUUACCAGCCAUAAUUCUAACAACAUCAGGACCACCAAGACCUUCCACUGUUCCGCCCAACAACUGCACAGUGAAUGAAUUUGUUUGUAUAACAAAUGGCCAAUGUGUUGACGUUAGCAAGAAAUGUGAUUUUAGGGAAGAUUGUUCUGACAAGACAGAUGAAUUAUUCUGUGUUAGGAAGAUCUGCAAUUUCACUAAUGGGGUCUCAUGUGGUUGGAAACAGCAGGUAGAACCACCAGCAACCGAAAAUGUGUUUCAGUGGUUCUCAGGGCAAGGUUCAGACAUACAUCCAGGAGAAGAGGGUGACAGACCAUCUAUGGACCAUACGACGGGCACAGAACGAGGCUGGUACCUUUAUGCUGAUAGUUCAAAUGGGAAAUUUGGACACUCAGCUGACCUCUUCACUCCUGAAAUAUCCCUUACUGGUCCAAAGUGUAAAUUGGUCUUUUGGUAUCACAUGAGUGGAGUUACCAUUGGAUCAUUACAGGUCUUCAUCAAAUUUGGCAACAUGACACAGUUACUCUGGUCACAAAGUGGGAGCCAAGGUAACCAUUGGAGGCGGGGUGAGAUAUUUCUUGGCGUUCAGUCUCAUUUUCAGGUUUUCUUAAGAGCCAAGCGGGGUGUGAGUUAUAUGGGUGAUAUUACAGUGGAUGAUGUUUCCUUUGAAAAUUGUGCAGCUCUUCUGAUCCCAGACAAACAGUGCAACUCUGAUGAGUAUUCAUGUACCAACGGAUAUUGCAUCCCUAAAGAUCAGCUCUGUGACUUCACCAAUGAUUGUGCUGAUCAUUCUGAUGAGCAUCCAGUCAUCUGCAGUUCAAAUUUGGGACGCUGUGAUUUCGAAUUUGAUCUGUGCUCUUGGAGGCAAUGGAGAGAUGAUAACUUUGACUGGACUCUUAAACAGGGGAUCAUACCAACACUAGGUACAAGCCCAGCUACUGACCAUACACUGAGAAAUCCAGCUGGCCAUUACAUAUACAUUGAAAGCCCAUUUCCACAGCUUCCGGGACAUGUGGCAAGGAUUUCCGGGCCGCCCAUCAGCAAGAGAAGCAAAGGCUGCAAGAUUAUUUUUUAUUACCAUAUGGCUGGAGAUAUUAAUGGAUCGUUAAUAGUAUACCUACAGACUUUAUCCGGUCAUCGCACAUCACUUCUCAACUUAACAGGUGACCAAGGCCAUUACUGGCAACGAGCUGAAAUCGCCCUCAGAGCUGAUGAAGACUAUGAGAUAAUGCUAGAAGGAUGGGUGGGCAAAGGGUCAAAAGGAGUCAUAUCACUUGACGACAUCACCUUCACAAAAGAAUGCACCAGUUCCAACACUGCAUUUCAGAAGAAACCGACUCCACAUCCUCCAACAGGAUCCUGCCCACCCAAUUAUUUGGCAUGCCAGAAUGGAAAAUGCUAUCAAAUGGAACAGAGUUGUGAUUUUCUUGAUGACUGUGGUGACAAUACAGAUGAGAAAGAAUGUGGAACAUCCUGCACCUUUGAGGAUGGACAAUGUGGUUGGAAGAACUCCCUGGCAGAUAACUUUGAUUGGAUCUUGGGACAGGGUUCAUUUCAGGGUCUACGUCCUGCCAAUGAUCGGAGCCUUGGAAAUGAAAAAGGUCACUUUUUGUACCUGGAAGCUAUUCCUGGAGGUUUGAGGGGUGACAAAGUCCAUCUGAGGAGCUCAGUAUGGAAGGAAUCAAGUGCUAAGUGCACUCUAUCAUUCUGGUAUUUUAUGUCACAGAAAGCUACAGGCCUUAUAAGAGUCCUUAUUAAGACAAGUAAAAAUCUAACCAAAGUAUGGAAUAAAACUGGAAACCAAGGUGAUAGAUGGAAGAAGGCAGUGAUACACCUGAAAAAUCUGCGUAACUUUGAAAUCAUAUUUGAAGGAAUCCGAACUAAGAAUUUUGGAGGUGGAGCAGCUAUUGAUGACAUUCAGUUCAAAAAUUGUGCCCCAGAUAGAGGUUUACCAGGCUUUUGCCCAGAUGUCACUGAUUACAUUUGUCAAAAUGGUCAAUGCAUUGAGUCUGACCUGGUCUGUGAUUACAAAUCAGACUGUGAAGAUGGAUCCGAUGAAUUUGACUGCUCACAGUAUGUUAAUGUUCCAGGAAGCUGCAGCUUCAGUGGGCCAAAUGAAGGGAGUUGGAUAAGUAACUGUAGAUUAAUGCAAAGCAAUGAUGACAACUUUGAUUGGACUAUAGGAAACAAAAGCUUCACUGCAAGAACAGGCCCAGCAACUGAUCAUACACCAGGAGUUGGAGGAAUGUUUCUGUAUAUUAAUUCUUCAGCCCAGCAUGAAGGUGACAUUGCAAGAAUAACCACCAGCCAUUCAUUCCCAGCAAGUGUUGGAGUCUGUCACUUGCGUUUCUGGUACUUUAUCUGUGGUUCAAAAGAAAUGGGCCAUCUGAAGGUGUACACAGUCGGAGCAUCCGGAAUGCCCUUGCUGAUGUGGUCAGUGUCUGGGAACAAGGAGGACAACUGGAUAUAUGCCAAUCUGAUGGUUGCCAACAACCAUCCAUUUCGAGUUGUGUUUGAAGCUGAAGUGGGAGGAGAUAACCUCACAGAUAUUGCAAUUGAUGAUAUCUCUUUUACUCCGGAAUGUGUUGCUGGAGGUACUUGCCGGUACACACAGCUGUGCAUUCACCAGUCCUGGAUCUGCGACGGUGAAGAGGACUGUGCAGAUGGAAGCGACGAAUCCAAUUGCUCAACACUGAUUCCAGGCACUUUGCCUCCUCAGGAGCAAUGUGAAGAUAAAGAAUUCCAAUGUUCCAACAGGGAAUGUAUCCCAUCUUUGCUCAGGUGCGAUGGAGUCCCAGAUUGCUCUUCAGCAGAAGAUGAAUUUGGCUGCUCUACAAUGCAUUGCUUCAAUGGUUCUUUGCUCUGUGCAAGCAGUGGACAGUGUAUCCCUGUAAUACAGCGAUGUGAUGGUGACAUUGACUGCAGAGAUUUCAAAUCAGAUGAAUCUAGUUGUUCAGAAUGUCCAAGUGCCUAUUGUAGAAAUGGAGGAACAUGCAUCAUUGUUAACAGAAUUGCACUGUGCAAGUGUACGAGUCAGUGGAGAGGAAAUCGAUGCCAUAUUCUGGUCAAGCCAGCAGGAUCUCUCAGUCCCGAUCUGGCAUCAAAUAAAGAUGAAAAUGCCUCCAUAUGGGCAGGACUAGGCGUUGGCUUGGGUUUGUUUGUGCUCAAUCUACUGGUUGUUUCGAUCGUAAUUGCUAAAAGGAAAACAAGCAAGAAACCAAUGUCAGCAACGAAAUGUGAUUCAAUAUCCAAUAUUCUGUACGGCGAUCACAGCACAAAUCUGUCAGCAGAGUUUAUAAUGGGGGAGAGUUUGACAUGCCCAGCUAUCAGUGUUUACCCCUGGCAAACUCCAUGUAAGAUCCCGACAGAUCUGGAGGCCUAUUCUGCAGGUGGCAUUGCAGAACAUGAAAUUCAUGCAUACAGGAUGUCCGAGUCACAGUAG